CAUUUGUAGUCCUGCUGUCUACCAGAGACCGACUGAAGAGUAAACUACCAAACGGGGACAGGCGAGUUAGCUAAUCAGGUGCUAAGUCAGCCUACUUUGCAAACAAGCAACAUUGUACCUUAUUCUCGUUAGGUAACGUUAUAAUGGUUGUAACUCAGACGCUGGACAAAGCGAAACGGCUAGCAACAGUUAAAUGAAGUAGCAGGUCGUUGUUUGGGGUUGUUUUUAAUUAGCUAGCUAACACGGAAGGCAUCCCCCCAAGAGUGAUCAAUGGUUAGCCAAACGCAUCGGACAUAAUACUCUGUUUCAAAGGAGGUUUGUUGCUGAGCAAAGGAUGUCUAAACGCAUACGAAACACUGAGCUCUGCGCUGAUUGCAGUGUUCCAGAGCCUCGCUGGGCCUCUGUGAACAGAGGAGUGUUCAUUUGUGACGAGUGCUGCAGCGUUCAUCGGAGUCUCGGAAGACACAGCUCGCAAGUCCGCCACCUGAUACACACACCAUGGCCUUCUACACAGCUACAGAUGGUUCAGACAUUAUACGGCAAUGGUGCCAAUUCAAUAUGGGAGCACUCUCUUCUGGACCCGGCCUCUGUGAUGAGUGGAAAACGCAAGGCCAACCCUCAGGACAAACUGCACCCAAACAAAUCCGAGUUUAUAAGAGCCAAAUAUCAAAUGCUGGCAUUUGUUCAUCGCAUGCCUUGCCGGGAGGACGACAGCUCCACAGCCAAGGAUUUAAGCAAGCAACUUCACUCAAGUGUACGCACCGGGAAUCUGGAGACUUGUUUGCGGUUGCUAUCCCUGGGAGCACAAGCUAAUUUCUUUCACCCGGAGAAAGGGAGCACUCCCUUGCAUGUAGCUGCAAAAGCAGGACAAGUAUCUCAGGCUGAACUGUUAACUGUUUACGGAGCAGACCCCGGAGCCCCUGACAGCAAUGGAAAAACUCCCAUUGACUAUGCAAGGGAAGCUGGCCACCAUGACCUGGCAGACAGACUGGUGGAGAUUCAGUAUGAACUAACUGAUCGGCUGGCCUUCUACCUGUGUGGGAGAAAGCCAGAUCAUAAAAACAGCCAGCACUUCAUUGUUCCACAAAUGGCUGACAGGAACAUCAGUUUAGAUUUAUCAGAGCUGGCCAAGGCGGCAAAGAAGAAACUGCAGUCUCUGAGUAAUCAUUUAUUUGAAGAGCUGGCCAUGGAUGUUUACGAUGAGGUGGACAGACGAGAGACUGAUGCAGUGUGGUUAGCAACACAGAAUCACAGCACUCUGGUGACAGAGACGACUGUGGUGCCUUUUCUUCCUGUGAAUCCAGAGUAUUCAUCAACACGAAAUCAGGGACGACAAAAGCUUGCGAGAUUCAAUGCACAUGAAUUUGCAACUCUUGUCAUUGACAUAUUAAGUGAUGCUAAGCGCAGACAACAAGGGAGUUCGAUAGCUAGCCCCAAAGAUAAUGUUGAAUUCAUCCUGAAGAACGUGGCAGUCAGGCACUGCAGUGACAGCCAGGACAACGACCAGCCUGACUACGACAGCGUGGCGUCGGACGAGGACACAGACCAGGAUUCCCCCACCAACAAAGGAGAUAGGACCAAGAGCCUGGACUCUGACCUCUCCGACAGCCCCAUCACUGUGCAUGAAUACAUGGAGGUGAAACACGCGCUCUCUGCCUCUGAGGCCAAGAUCCAGAACCUCAUGAAAGCCAACAACAACCUGAGCGAUGAGCUGAGGCUGAUGCAGAAAAAGCUGCAAUCUCUGCAAAGCGAGAACAUCUCUCUCAGGCGGCACGGCCCAGCCUAUAUCUAUCAGACCCCCAGCGCCUCCCCAAGCCCCUCCAGCCCCUCGGCCCUGAAGCGCCGACAGUCUGCGCGGGCCAGCCGCCCCAUGUCUAUGUAUGAGACCGGCUCAGGCCUGAAGCCCUAUCUCCCUAAAGGAGAGAGCCACUACCCAGAGGAGUGUGUCCCCACCCUGCAACCCUUCCCACCUCAUACGGAAAGGGGCGCUUUUGUGACCACCUCUUCAUCCCUCCCCUCAUUUCCAUCCACCCUGUCUUGGUCGAAGGACGAGAGUGCUCAAAAGGCCUCGAAUUUAGAGAAGCAAAUCAGCAUGCCGGAAAGUGACUAUGACAACACAUUCAAUGACUCUGAGAUGGAUGAUUCGGGGUACUGCAGGAGAGGCAGGCUGAGGAGCUGGCUGGGGGAGGGCAGCUCCAUCCCUGAGCUGGACGAUGUGAUGAUGGAGGCAGACCCCACGCUGCCCAGCACUGAGGACGUCAUCCGCAAAACAGAGCAGAUCACCAAGAAUAUCCAAGACCUGCUGAGAGCUGCUCAGGAAAACAAACACGACAGCUUCAUACCCUGUUCAGAAAGAAUACAUGUGGCUGUGAAAGAAAUGGCUGCCCUCUUCCCAAAGAAGCCGCGCUCGGAGACCGUGCGAGGCUCUCUGCGCUUGUUGACCUCCAGUGCGUUCCGGCUUCAGGGCGAGUGCAGGAAGGCGCUGCCGUCGGAGGGCUGCGCGGCGCCGGACAUGCAGCUGGUCACCCAGCAGGUCAUCCAAUGUGCUUAUGACAUUGCCAAGGCCGCCAAGCAGCUUGUGACCAUCACCACAAAGGAGAAUACCAACUAGCAGCACUUACAGGGCUGCAAGCAUCUCAGUUUCCUCAUUUUUUUUUAUGAUUCUUUUGGUUUUUUGUAUUUGUGGUAUAUGCAUGCAUUGUUUUUUAAUUUAUGAAUAAAUAUUUAAAGCAAACUAUGAACAAAAUCUGAGUGUAAAAGGGAGAACAACUUUAUUUAGGCAUCCUCAGCUGUUAUAAUAGCACAAUUUAUCUUGAGGUGAAACAACAACUUCCACAAAUCAUGUUAAAUCAAGCAGCAGCUAGCAGGUCUGGGACUGUUAUGGUUUAAAGAUUACAAUUUGAGUAAACUCGCCCAUACUUACAAAUAACCUUAAAUCAGCUUUUUGAUUGAGAGAACAAAUGAAGCACAGCAUACUGUAGUAGAUCCAGAUGUUGACAUUGGUUCAUGUUAACAGCCCAGAGCAAGACAUGAUGCUGAAAGCCUUAAAGUGGACCUAUCAUGCUAUAUUUGAAUAAUAUAGUGUAGGACCAUACCUAUAUAAGGCAUAUUUAUACCUUUUUU